AUCUUCUCUCCCUCGAACCUCCACCGCUGAAAACAAAGCGCGAGCGCGCGCGAGAGAGAGCGAGUACCAUCAAUGGCGCUAACCCUAACAACUCCAUUCCUCCCGUCCCUGAAAGCUUCCCCCAAAUCCCAUCGUAUGGAGGUGAAACCUAAAUCAGUGAUGGUGGAGUGCCGGAAAAAGGGCGGUAUCCACCCCGAGUUCCAUGAGGACGCCAAGGUGUACUGCAAUGGCGAGCUGGUGAUGACCACCGGAGGCACGCAGAAGGAGUACACCGUCGACGUGUGGUCAGGCAACCACCCGUUUUAUCUCGGUAACCGAUCCGCCUUGCUGAUCGACGCUGAUCAGGUUGAGAAGUUCCGCAAGAAGUAUGGAGACAUGUCCCCCGAUCUCCUGAAGAUUCCUGUUCUCAAGCAUGGCGAGAUCGUGCUGCCCACCAAGAAGAAGGCCGCGCCGGGUAAGGGCAAAGGCAAGAAAUAGAUGGCUCUUUUUCCAUCCUGUUUUCUAAUUCUCGUUGUUCUUAAAUCCUUCUUUUCUUUUAUAUAACUGAGCUUACUCUGUACAAGAUUUUUGCAUUGAAAAGUUGAUAUAUUUCAUCA